CUGGCUCGUGUAUCUCGUUUCGGAAAGGUUCUGUUCGAUUGGUAAACGUGCCCUGUCUCUUUCCACUCCAUCCAACCUAACCUUUUCCAGAAAAGAUAGCCCCAAACGAAUACGCCCUUAGUUACAUUACAUUAUAUGUUGUUGUGUUUCUCAUUACAGUGUGAUUUUGUUAUUAUAGGAUGGAUGGACUGCAUUACAUUUUGCUGCCUUUCAUAAUCACGUUCCAACUGUGAAGUGUUUGUGUGAACAAGGUUGUAAUAUCAAUACAACUAACAAUGAUGGAAUGACAGCACUUCAAGUAGCUGAAGAGAGAAAACACCAUGAUGUCAUUGAAGUUUUGAAAUUUUUGAAUGAUAAAUCAGUCAAGCCCACAUCAUCAUUGCCUGUCAACUCUUCAACUUCUUCUGUUGUCGAUCGUCUUGGUCCUGAAGGAAAAGCUCUUUUUGAUCAAGCAUGCAAGAAAGGCGAAGUGCCAGGCAACAAGGUGUUGAUUGAUAGUAUGGGGGAGGAAGAUACGGGAAAGUCAUGUCUGGAAGCUUCAAUGACAGACAAACCGUUUGUUGAAGGUCAGGAGAGCACGGAGGGAGUGAAGGUGAAGAUGAUGAUCUCACAAGUAGUUGGACACGGCACCGACUGGAAGGAAUUGAAAAGUGAAGAGGAGAGACAAGCGCAUCUCAGCAAGCUAUUGGCAAGAGAAUUUGUAGUUUAUGACAACAAACAACAGACUGGCACAGCCAAGCAAGACGAGCAAGAGAAAUACCCACAAGCAAGUUCUACAGAAUCUGAUUUGAAGUCAAUGUAUGCUGAAUCUGAGAGUCAUCCAAUAGGAUACGAGGAUUUCAAACUUGCCAAAGAAAUGGAUCGAGAUGUAGAUGUGGCCAUUUAUCGUAUGGAGAAGAAUAAGGAGGAGAUGCGCAAAUGUGGCGAAAAAAAAAAAUGAUCAAUG